AGUUCCAAUCCAAGCGAAGAAGAUGUUCCCGAAAAAGUGCAGAUCCCAAUUGCUAUUGCUCCUGGUGCUGAUGGUACGGGGAUCGCUAUGUCUGCCCGCCCUGGAUGCUGCUCCUCCGGCUGCCACGCCCAACACCAUCGAGGAGUCGGACAAGCUGCUCGAGGGGAGCGGCGCGGCGAACAGUGCACCCCAGGAUGCAGCCCCUGCAACCAGUAACGAAACCAUCCCCCCAGCCACGGAGAAUUCGGAGACAGCGGUGCCGGACAAUGUGGCCAGUGGGAGCAGCAUUGAUCCCACCACCAUUUACGGCGGAGGAAUCCUCACGCCCGAGGCCUUCCAGCAGUAUCUGAGUCAGUACGGAGCCUAUGCUCCGUUCGCCGGUUCCUAUCCGUCUCCUGUUCCGGGAGCAGCACCUGGCAUCUAUCCGUAUCCGGGCCCCAUUGUGGUGCAGUCGGGUUACGAGGGAUUUCUGGUGCCCACAAACGUGGCCGGGCAAUCGGACAGCACCUCUGUGGUGGCCACUCAACCCAACUCCUCCGCGUCCCCCAAUCCCCUGCUGGCCUUCGCUUCCAACCUGUUGCCCUCGAUCCUGAUGUCCACGCUCUUCCGCAUCGCCGCCGUGGUUUUGUCCGCCGUGGGGAUCAUCCUCUUUGGCGGCGCCAUCACCAGUGCCCUGUGCAGGAUCACCCCCAUCUGCGAAAUACCCGCCCGGGCUGUGAAUAUCCUGCGCACCGGUGGAGCCCAGGACGUGGGUCGCAUGCUGGCCGAGGAGAUGACCCCGGAACGGGUGCGUCGGGCAACGGAAUUCGUGCGCAACGCCAUCCGGAAGUACCGCCAGCUCCAGAAGCUAGUGGAGGCUUCGGAGGCGGUGACCGAGCUGUCCAACUAGCGAUGGCGCAAUGGGAUGUAGGUUUAGUGCUGGCUCGUAAAUUAGGUGGAAUGCAAAAUAUACUUUUAAUGACGCUAUAAAAACGA